CCCCCGCGCCCCUCCUCCUACCCCUCCUCCGCGGCCCGCCUGUCCCUCCUCCCGCCGCCUCCCUCCUCCCUCCUCCCUCCCUCUCUAAGACAUCCCCGCACGGCCCGGCCGCCGCGGCCACCUUCCCUGCCGGAGCUGCAGAUGUGGCGGAGCGGCCGGGCGCCGGGCGGCCGUGCCAGGGGAGCCUGCGCCCCGUGAGCCUCGGGCCCUGGCCCCCGCCCGCCCGGCCCCCUCCCCCGCUCGCUCUCCCGCCGCCCCCAGACCGCCGGAGCCCGCAGCCGGGAGCCCGACCGCCCCCGCCGCCGAGGUUCCUGCCUGAAUACCAGCUUGGGAGCCCCUCGCUGCCUGCUACCGCCCCCACCCCCCAGCCCCCAUCAACAUGCACUCCUUGGACGAGCCGCUCGACCUGAAGCUGAGCAUCACGAAGCUCCGGGCGGCGAGAGAGAAGCGGGAGAGGACACUGAGUGCAGUCCGGCACCGAGCUCUGCACAGGGAGCUCGGCCUAGUGGAUGACAGCCCCACCCCGGGCUCCCCGGGCUCCCCGCCCUCAGGCUUCCUGCUGAACCCCAAGUUCCCCGAGAAGGUAGAGGGACGCUUUUCAGCAGCCCCCCUGGUGGACCUCAGCUUGUCGCCGCCAUCUGGGCUGGACUCGCCCAAUGGCAGCAGCUCGCUGUCCCCUGAGCGCCAGGGCAAUGGGGACCUGCCUGCAGUGCCCACCGGCCCGGACCUCCAGCCGCUGCGCUACCUGGACAGUGUCCCCAGCUCCUUCCAGUUCUUCCUGCCCCUAGGCUCUGGGGGGGCCCUGCACCUGCCUGCUUCCUCCUUCCUCACCCCCCCCAAGGACAAGUGCCUCUCGCCAGAGCUGCCCCUGCCCAAGCAGCUGGUGUGUCGCUGGGCCAAGUGUAACCAGCCCUUCGAGCUCCUACAAGACCUGGUGGACCACGUCAACGACUACCACGUCAAGCCCGAAAAGGAUGCAGGCUACUGCUGCCACUGGGAGGGCUGUGCCCGCCAUGGGCGCGGCUUCAACGCCAGCAGAUACAAGAUGCUCAUCCACAUCCGCACACACACCAAUGAGAAGCCGCACCGCUGCCCCACCUGCAGCAAGAGCUUCUCCCGCCUGGAGAACCUGAAGAUCCACAACCGGUCACACACAGGCGAGAAGCCCUACGUGUGCCCCUACGAGGGCUGCAACAAGCGCUACUCCAACUCCAGUGACCGCUUCAAGCACACGCGUACCCACUACGUGGACAAGCCCUACUACUGCAAGAUGCCCGGCUGCCACAAGCGCUACACGGACCCCAGCUCGCUGCGCAAACAUAUCAAGGCCCACGGCCACUUCGUGUCGCACGAGCAGCAAGAGCUGCUGCAACUUCGCCCGCCCCCCAAACCACCGCUGCCCGCCCCUGAUGGCAGCCCCUACGUCAGCGGGGCCCAGAUCAUCAUCCCCAACCCGGCUGCCCUCUUCGGAGGCCCCGGCCUGCCUGGCCUGCCUCUGCCCCUGGCCCCCGGCCCCCUUGACCUCAGUGCCCUGGCCUGUGGCAAUGGCGGGAGUGGUGGGGGUGCAGGGGGCAUGGGCCCUGGGCUGCCCGGCCCCGUCCUGCCCCUCAAUCUGGCCAAGAACCCGCUGCUGCCCUCGCCCUUUGGGGCUGGCGGACUGGGCCUGCCUGUGGUCUCCCUCCUUGCUGGCUCCGCUGGCGGCAAGGCUGAGGGGGAGAAGGGGCGUGGGGCGGUGCCGGCCAGGGCCCUGGGCACAGAGGGCCGCAAGACCCCCCUGGAGAGGACUGAGAGCGGCCGCUCCCGGCCAAGUCCUGAUGGCCUCCCCCUGCUGCCGGGCACCGUGCUGGACCUGUCCACAGGCGUCAACUCGGCGGCCAGCAGCCCAGAGGCGCUCACUCCUGGCUGGGUGGUCAUCCCGCCGGGCUCCGUGCUGCUCAAACCGGCCGUGGUGAACUGAACCCACUCCGUGGACGCCGACCACCUGUAGCCCAGCCGGCGGCUCCCAGCCCUGCCCCCCCCCGACGAACGGAAACUCUUCUGCGAAAUGGCAAUAAUGUUCUCCGGCCCCAGGGCCCAGUUGGCUGUGUCCCCUGGGCAGACCCAGCCCCAGAUAAGCUGGGCAGCAAGGAUGGUGCUAGAAGGGCAUUGCUGGCACCCCAGGCUCCCAAGGGAGGAACUGGGUCUGCCAGCUAGGGAGAGCUGUGCUCCUGGGUGCUGAGGCCUGGCUCACCUCUGCCCCACCCCACCCCAUCCUCCACCUAGCCCUCAGUCCCCCCAUCCCCCAACUCUAGUGCCACCCUCAUCCAGUGGCCAACCAGGCAGGUCACUCUCCCUCCCUUGCCCACCUGCCAGCCCUGUCCGAGCAGUGGGGGUGGUGGGGUGGCACCUGCCCUCCUGACUAGCGCCAGGCUCCCUCCCCACCCCCUUUGAUGGUGAGCUGUGAGGACCCCCUGGGAUCGAGGUCCCACCCCAUCCUGCCUAGCCUCACUGGGCCCCUGCUCUGGGGGUUCCUGACGCCUUUCCCUCUGGUCUACCCUCCAGAGGGAGAGCAAGACAGACGCAGGCCCUGGCAAAGCCACAGGAAGAAGCCACCUUACCUUAUGACAAGGCGCCUCCCAGCUUGGAGAGGGAGGCCCGCUCUGCCAGCUGCCCCUCACUGCCUGCCAUCUGCAGCAGCCAGCACGCUGCCCGAGGGUCGGUCCCUCUGGAUUGGCUGACACUCCAGAUUGAGGGGGCUGGCUGACUACUCAUCUGCCCCUUCACCACUGGGCCUCCCUCUACUUUCAGGGAGCCCUGAGCGGGGAGAGGUGCCAGGACCUGGGGCCGGCCCAGCUCAGGGAAUAGGUGGGGCUGGGCUUGGCCUGGCCUGGGGUGGUGCCACCCUGCACAAGGGGCUGUGGAGGCCUGCAGGGUGUUGUUAGGAGGGGAGGCUGGCUGGGCACAACCCCAGGCUGGGAUACGGCUCCUGUCCUGGGAGCACCAAGUCACGGCCAGCACAGGCAAGGGAGGGCUCCAGGCCGGUGCUGGGCACGGGAGCUUCCAGAGGCCAUGGACGGAAGGACCUGGCCUUGAGGAGGGGAAGAGGGGCCGCGAAGCAGCCAAGGAUGCCCUUGGGAGGGCCCUGCCCCUCCGCCUGGGAAGGGGAAGCCAGACGAAAGAGCCUGGACUUGGUGACCUGGUUGCUUCCUUUGGCUUUUCUGAGCUGAGCUCCUGCCCUAGGUGUCCCUGCUCUGCUCCCCCGUGGAGGGGGCCAGAAUAAGCUAAGGAUGCUGGGGCUCCAUGUGCCCCAGAGCCCACACUGCUGCCCAAGCCCAGGGAGCUGGGCUCUCCCACAGGCCCUGGCGGGGCAGCACAUGUCUCAUUCCCCGCCCUGAGCCCUCACAUUCCCUCCCCGUAGGGGGCCUGGUUCCGUCUGGGAGGUGCUGGCCCAGCAGUCAGGAGCUCUGUCUGGCUCCUAGGCCUGCCCUGCCCUUGGCCACAGUGACCAAGCCCUCCGUGUCGCCGGCUGCAGAACAAGGGAGCUAUGGGACUGCAGGGGGUCCUUAGCAGCCCUGCAGUUCCCCUCCUCUGAGCAGCUCUGCUGACCCUGCCCUUUCCUGGACUGCCCUUCUGUCCCAGAGGGGUCACCCUGACCCGGCCCACUGACAGGGCCCGGCAGCACUGGCUUUGCCCCUUGAAGGGGCUGUGAGCAAAGCAGGAGGGAGCUGGUCUCCUUCCCUCGCACCCCACCCAGGACCCAGGCACCCCCACCCCCACUAAGGGCCCCAGGCCUUAAGUCCCCACUGGGGUGAGGGGUUUGAGACUCAAGCCCCGGGAGCGGAGGAACAGGGCACUGGAAAGUGACAUUAGCUCAGCAUGUGACUCGGUGAUAGACCAGGCCCGAAGGGGCCGGUGUACGUGUUGUUGUUGUCGGUUUGUUGUUGCACAUUCCAGGAUAUCAGUAUUCUAACAGGUUCUAAGUGCCUUUCUAUCGUAGCUUAUGUUUUGCCUCCUCUUGGCUCCAUUGCUGUUAGCAUAGAGUUUUAAAAAAAGAAAAGAGAUAAGCUAAUGACUAUAACAAUAUAUUCCUCCAUGUGAGAGGAAGUUUAUAAAGAAACAAUAAAAGUGAGUUACAAACACA